AUGCUGAUCACAUUUCGAGACUCUUGCUCGCGCUGCAGUCUCGGAGGGGGAUCAUCAGCAUCUGCCCUCUGUGCGCUCACUACUGGACUGCCUUCAGGUGAGAGGCUGCGAGAAGCAGAAAGAGACGUACCCUUGGGUGACUUACCCCCUUUUUGCCCUAUGCUCAGUCGGCCGCUCUCUGUGUGGUGGUCGACGGUGCCACGUCGUCACGGUCGCCGAUGCCCCAUCGCGUUGUCCGCCUCUGUGUCGCACUCACAGCAUCGACGCCGCUCUUCUCACGUAGCCACAUGCUACGGGCAUCCUCGAACGUGUCACUACAGCUCUCACAGUCUUGUUGGCCGCCGCGUCUCAGCUAUGAGCUCGGGAGUCCCUGACGCACCGACAAGUGCUGAGCCGUGGGUGCGUCUCGUGCACCUUGUCCUAGCUCGUCCUCUGUCUGGGCAGCGAAGCUUGCCGCUCAGGGCAACAGAUGCCCCCACUUUGGCCGACGUAGCACAUGUCGGUGCUGCCCUUCCUGCAAUUCACAAGCUAUGGAUGUCUGCCUACCAUCCCGCCUUCGCCGUCGUCGCGUCUGACUCGGAUGCACAGUGGCAGCAGCACCGACUCCUCCCAGAAGAAGCAGAAGAGCUGCCACUGUUUGUGGAGGCGCUUGGUCAGCUCGCGGCGGCUCUUCAAGCGCUAAUCGUAGAGAAAGCUGAGGCGGCAGCAGCAGCAGCAGCGGCGGCGGAGGGCGACGACGACGAUACUGCUACCUGCCUUGAGGUGCACGAAUGGUUCGUGGAGCUGCAGGCCCUCUUGCUCUUCAUUGGGCAGCACCACCUGCGCUUCCUGAUUCCCACGACCUUUUCGUCUGCACUGUCAUCCCUGGCUGCUGCCUCACUGGUGCCUGAGACGCACAAGGUUGAUCAAAGAGUUGAAGCGAGUGACAGCAAAAAGCUCGACAGGCCAAGGGCAGAAAACCCACAGGAAGUAGUGGCCUGCGACGGCUCUUCGCUGGAACAGGCGGCGAAAGAGCCGAUGGCGGGCCACACGAGUGCACUUCCGGUGGUUGUCAAAAGCAAUGUCCCCGGCGCUGCCCCGCUCCGCCGCCUGUCUCGCCGCGAGAGCGAGGAUGUGCAGCACAUGGCGCCGCCGCUGCCGGUCGAGGAGCUUCUCCGUGUGGUGGUGCUGGUGGAGGCUGCGCGGACGAUUCUCGAUGUGGCAAAUCCCCCACCACUCGCUUCAGGGGUACGCGCGGAGGUGUACGGCGUGCUCUUGUCCGUCGUCAGUGUGAGUGAGCAACUGUCGUCUACGACCCUUGCGUCGCUUGCCGCGUGUCUGGCGCGAUGUGUUGAUAGCUAUGUGACGUGCCAGCAGCUCUCGGCCGUUGCGUGUGCGCCACCGGAGCCGGCAGCGGUGCUGGGAGAGUACGACGUCAGUGGUGGUGCACAGGCGCCCCGAGAACACUUUAUGGAUGGCCGCCGUGCUGCACUUUCUGCGUUUCUGCGGCGUGUCUCACUUGACGUCCCUGCGUGGGUUACAGGCCGCUCUCUCACCAUCUCACCUUCUCCGAUUGAACAACAGGAGGCCGCACAGCUCGAACGCCUCCGUGGCGGCCUGGGCACCCGCCUACGCCCUACCGAAGUCCUACACCACCUUCGUAUACUCGCAAACGUGUUGCAGCGCCGCCUCGCCGAAACGCUUUAUCACUCGGAGACGGGGCGUAACACGCCCCAGUCACACCAGGAGGCCGAGAGAUGCUGCGGCAGCGACGCGGUCGUCUCUGUUAGCAGCACCGGAGCCGCUCGUGUGGCGAGGGAGGCGAGGUUAGAGGCUGGUAUGCUGGGUAUUCUCCCGCUUGAGCAAUACAAAGCACGAUUGGUGACGAGGUUGAGUGGGGCUGAGUCAACAGUGACGACCCAGACGCGGCGGAAGCGGCGCACUGUGGCAGCUAUUAGGGCCGCAGCUGACAGGGAGCGAGUGAGCGAGGGCAACUUCGCAGCGCACAGUACCACUAAUGUCUCCUCCCUUCCCGUGCCGCAUGGAAGAGCAUCUCCACCUUCAUCCACACCCUGCGACUCGUUUCAGCACCCCUGCGUCGGCUACGCGGACUGCAGGGCCACAGACGACAACACUCGAGUAUCCCUCACAGACCUUGCGGAGAUGUGUAGCGCCAUGGCAGCCAUCGGUUUCCGUGGCGACAGCACCGCUGCAGAGGAACCGAUGUGGCGGCACGCAGUCGAGUUCGCAUGUGCGGAAAUCGUCGCGAUGGCUGAUGCUCGAGAUGCAGGGGAUGCAAUGGGUCAUGCCGACGACGAGGAUGCUGCUGACGUUGCGGUAGAUAGAGAGGCGGUGAUUCGCCAGGCGUUGCUGGACGCGCGCGAUUUGUGCUUUGCACUUGAUUGGGUCGGCUACACGCGCGGUUACGAUCACGUCAUGGCGAUGCUGGUGCGGUGCGGCUUCUUGUGCGAGCCGAUUCCGGCGCCGUCGGCUGUUCGGCGCUCCAUGAAAGACAUAACAUGCUCAGUCUAA